CUUAAGUUUUCAACAGUAACAUGAUACGUGUCAGAGUCGCGACUAGGGGACUUUCUAGGAGAGCUGGAUACUGUUAACAAACCUUCAGAAGAGCACAGCUAGAAGAAACUUUAGGAAUCAUGGAGUUACCAUCUCCCUGUUGAAUAGACUGGGUAGGCAAGCCCAGAGCGGGGAAGAGUACCCACAACACGUCAGCGGCAGAGAUCUGCCAACAAUGUGGUCUCCUGGCUGCAGACUUAGUUAAGUGGUGAGGACCUGUGUCCAUGAACGUAAGUAGAUCCAUUCAUGUCUUUCAGGUGGCUCCUUCUCUGUCACGCUCUGUGCCUCUCCUUGUUGAAAGCUUCGGCCCACACCGUGGAACUUAACAAUAUGUUUGGUCAGAUCCAGUCACCUGGCUAUCCAGACUCCUAUCCGAGUGAUUCAGAGGUGACUUGGAAUAUCACUGUCCCAGAGGGAUUUCGGAUCAAGCUUUACUUCAUGCACUUCAACUUGGAGUCCUCCUACCUUUGUGAAUAUGACUAUGUGAAGGUAGAAACCGAAGAGCAGGUGCUGGCAACCUUCUGUGGCAGGGAGACCACAGACACGGAGCAGACCCCUGGCCAGGAAGUAGUGUUCUCCCCGGGCUCCUUCAUGUCCAUCACUUUCCGGUCAGAUUUCUCCAAUGAGGAGCGAUUCACGGGUUUUGAUGCCCACUACAUGGCUGUAGAUGUAGACGAGUGCACUGAGCGGGAGGACGAGGAGCUGUCCUGCGACCACUACUGCCAUAACUACAUCGGCGGCUACUACUGCUCCUGCCGCUUUGGCUACCUCCUCCACACGGACAACAGGACCUGCCGAGUGGAGUGCAGUGAUAACCUCUUUACCCAGAGGACCGGCGUGAUCACCAGCCCCGACUUCCCCAACCCUUAUCCUAAGAGCUCGGAAUGUUUCUACACGAUAGAGCUAGAGGAGGGUUUCAUGGUCAGCCUCCAGUUUGAGGACAUUUUCGACAUUGAGGACCACCCUGAGGUGCCCUGCCCCUAUGACUACAUCAAGAUUAAAGCUGACCCAAAAGUUUGGGGGCCCUUCUGUGGAGAGAGAGCCCCAGAACCCAUCAAUACCCAGAGCCACAGUGUCCAGAUCCUGUUCCGCAGCGACAACUCUGGCGAGAACCGGGGCUGGAGGCUCUCGUACAGGGCAACAGGGAAUGAGUGCCCAGACCUACAACCUCCUGUCCACGGGAAAAUCGAGCCCUUGCAAGCCAAGUAUUCCUUCAAAGAUCAGGUGCUCAUCAGCUGUGACACAGGCUACAAAGUGCUAAAGGAUAAUGUGGAGAUGGACACAUUCCAGAUCGAGUGUCUGAAGGAUGGGACAUGGAGUAACAAGAUUCCCACCUGUAAAAUUGCAGACUGUGGAGCCCCAGCAGAGCUGAAACAUGGGCAAAUCACCUUCUCCACCAGGAACAAACUUACCACAUACAAAUCUGAGAUCCGAUACUCCUGCCAGCAGCCCUACUACAAGAUGCUCCACAAUAUCACAGGUAUAUAUACCUGUUCUGCCCAAGGAGUCUGGAUGAAUGAAGUACUGGGGAGAAGCCAGCCCACAUGUCUACCAGUGUGUGGUCAGCCCUCCCGCUCUCUGCCCAACCUGGUCAAGAGAAUCAUUGGGGGUCGGAAUGCCGAGCCUGGCCUCUUUCCGUGGCAGGCCCUGAUAGUGGUGGAGGACACCUCAAGGGUGCCAAAUGACAAGUGGUUUGGGAGUGGGGCUCUGCUCUCCGAGUCCUGGAUCCUCACAGCAGCCCAUGUGCUGCGCUCCCAGCGAAGAGACAACACAGUGACACCGGUCUCCAAGGAGCAUGUCACCGUCUACCUGGGCCUGCACGAUGUGCGGGACAAAUCAGGCGCUGUCAACAGCUCAGCUGCACAAGUGGUGCUCCACCCAGACUUCAACAUCCAGAACUACAACCAUGACAUAGCUCUGGUGCAGCUUCAGGAACCUGUGCCCCUGGGACCCCACGUCAUGCCUAUCUGCCUACCAAGUCCUGAGCCCGAAGGCCCGGAGCCCCACAUGCUGGGCCUGGUAGCUGGGUGGGGCAUCUCCAAUCCUAACGUGACAGUGGAUGAAAUCAUCAGCAGUGGCACACGGACCUUGUCCGAUGUCCUACAGUACGUCAAGUUACCUGUGGUGCCACACACUGAGUGCAAAACCAGCUAUGAGUCUCGAUCGGGUAACUACAGUGUCACGGAGAACAUGUUCUGUGCCGGCUAUUAUGAGGGUGGCAAGGACACGUGCCUUGGAGACAGCGGUGGAGCCUUUGUCAUUCUGGAUGACUUGACCCAGCGCUGGGUGGCCCAAGGCCUGGUGUCAUGGGGGGGCCCUGAAGAAUGCGGCAGCAAGCAGGUCUAUGGGGUCUACACAAAGGUCUCCAACUACGUGGACUGGUUGUGGGAGCAGAUGGGCUCCCCACAAGGCCUGGGGGCGCUCCAGGUGGAACGGUGAGCUGACUGACUUCCUCAGGGCCUGCCUGCCCCACCCCAGCCCGAGUGAGUCUGCACACGCACUUCCGACAGCACACUCCACGUUACUCACCAGACCAGAUGGAAUGGAACGCGCUGUUCUCAUCCUCCCAAGACAGCCCAGGGGCCCUGAGAACCAGCAGUGUGGUAUAGGAAAAGGCUGUAUGAGAGACCUGGGUGCAUGGCCCUGAGCAAGCCCCUGCCCCUCUGUAGGCCUCACUCUCCCCGGCAGCACAGUGAGGGAGACUAGACCUCUGGCCAAUCCCAGCACUCCUCUUUGGGAGCACUUGACCCCGGUGGCCUUAUGCACUCCUAGUCACUUACCAAACCCACUCCUCGCACUGUUGGUGUGCCCGAGCUGGGACCUGAUUGUUAGAAAAUCUUUCCUUAUGUUGAGCUGAAUGCUGAGUCCGUAUGUUUUCCCUGAUCAGCCCUGGCACAGACAAGUCUAGUCUCUUCUAGGGUUUUAGAAGACAGGGAUCAGACCCCCGAGGCUCUGUCUCCUAGGGUGAUGCCUUGGAGUACUUUUGUUCCUUAGGUUUCUCUCCCAAAAGCUUCUUGUAGUCCAAGCCAUAUGCCUGUGUUCUCUAUUAAAGGAAUUUCAAAGGACAACGAGAAAGCUGGGAAGGUGUUGUGGUGACCAGGAGGAGGAGAAUAUCAGUGGGAGGCCCCCCAUCCCUGAUAAAUUCCUAUUGUCAAUUCUGAACACAUCAUUUAGACCCAUAUGUUACUCUCCAAUAUCAGCUGACAACAUGGGCAUCCACACCUGCCGCUCCAGACAAGCAUGAAGCAAACUUCCAGCUUUGAAGUGUAUCAUCUGAAAGGGUGACCUGAGCCCCAGCCCUAGGCAUGGAGACCCAACUGGAUUGUUUAGAAAAAGAGAAGGCCCACACUGUGUCCCGUUGGGCUUCUGGGCAAGGAAAUGGAAGAAGGGUGGGCUCAGCACAUUAGGAGUAACCUGAUCUCACCAGACUGCCCAGCGUGCCUACAGUCUGAGCUCUUCAGAGAACCCACCUGGCAUGGAUGUUCAGAGAGAUCCACCCCUCUGGUUUCCAGGAGCCCGAGUCAUGGGAAGCAGAGACUUGCCCAUGAAAGGCAGGGAAGAGAGAGAGACAGCCAAGAGUGUUGGGUUCCAGUCCCCUAACUGGCUGUAUAACUUCUCACAAAUCACUUUCCCUUUCUGGGCCUCAGUUUCCUCAUCUAGAAAAGGAAGACAUCAGAUCCCUCUCAGCGUUCUUCUAGUGCUAGCAUUCAGUCUUCUGACUGCCAGAGCCUUUCCCUGGCUCUCACAGGGCUGACUGUGUUCCUCCUCCCCAGAGCUUGCUUUUCUGGGGAUUCUCCGUCAGAGAAAGGCAGCCAGAGAAGUCUCUUGAGAAGAAUUCCAAGAGAACAUUGGGAAGUGUCCGCUUGUCCAAUCAGUUCAUGAAACACACUCCUAUGUCUAUGAACAGUGCACAUAGAGAAUGCUGUAUUUUGUAUAUUUCAUACCACAAGCUUCACUACUCUGCAAGGUGCCUCUGUGCUCUGUUUCUCCUGUCAGGGGUCUAAAGUGGAAAUAAACCCUCUGUGGAUAACAAACAGCCUUCAUUCUGAGGUUUGGUUAUUGUUGAUGUUUGUGUAUUUUGACCUUUUGAAGGAAACUGGCCCCUCAUUAAGCUACUAUCUCUCCCAUUACAGAAAAGGUACAACUUUUUGUCAUUUGGACAUCAUCCAAGAAAGGGUAAAAUGAGGAAUGGAGUCAGUUAUGGACAUGUGUCCCCCCAGGCUGUGUGCCUUCACUGAAGCACCUGUCAUUUAAGUCCUUAACUUCAAAGAGGCCAAACUAGCAUGCAAGACAGGGUCACGUGCAUCCUUGUCUCACACAGGUGAAAGCAGUGAAGUGUCGUAAGAAGAGUAGAGAUCACAGCAAUGUGGGCACUUGAAGGCGGGAGAGUCACAGGGCUGAAGGGGAUUUGGGGAGCUUUAUAAACAGGCUGCAGAGAACACACCAGGAGACAGGAGAGAAGGGCCAGUGUGGAUGAAGAUCAAGCAGGGAAGCAUGCCUAAGUGGAGA